UGUAACUCGACCGAGUCAGGAAAGGGAAACACAGAAACAUACUUGGGGAGAGAAGAUUCACGACGAGGAUGGCCGGAAAGGUUGCGCAACCGCUGGUGCCUCCCGCCACCGGGCUGACUGUAGGAGAGGAAUCCACACUGUCGGCGUCGUUGGUGAACUCCUUCAGAGUAAUAGCUGUAGUCGAUAGAUUGGCCUUGCAUCUGCAACCUGGCCGAGAAAAUAACUCCAGCGAGUUCUUCGGCCUCUGCCUCUCCCUCGCUCGAGGCAUUGAUUAUGCUGUGGCGAACAAUGAGUUACCCUCCAAAGUUCAAGAUCUACCUUUGCUGCUGAAACAGGUAUGCAGGCGCAAGAAUGAUCCCUUACUGGAGGCAGCUAUCAUGGUGCUGAUGAUUUCAGUCAAGAAUGCUUGUAAAGUUGGGUGGUUUUCAGAUCGAGAGACCCAAGAGCUCAUUUCUCUGUCCAGUGAGAUUGGGAACAGCUUUCGUAGUUUCGGAGAUACACUGGAUGCCUCUGGUAGUCCUCACUCCACUGUCUCUACAGUUUUAUCCAGGUACUAUCCUAAGAUGAAAAUGGGAGAUAUUCUUGUUUCCCUUGAAGUGAAGCCUGGUUUUGGGGCAUAUGUUCAGGAUUUUCAUAUCUCAAAGAAGUCAAACCAUUCCCCCCAUGAAAAAAUACGACUGUUUGUGGCCCAGACAGAUGGCAUGGACACAUCGGCUUGUAUUAUAAGUCCACAACAAGUGAACUUUCUAUUGAAUGGAAAAGGAGUCGAUAGAAGAACCAACAUUCAACUGGAUACUGGGCCACAGCUGCCAACUAAUGUGACUGGAAUGCUAAAAUAUGGAACAAAUCUUCUCCAAGCUGUUGGCACCUUCCAUGGAAAUUAUGUAAUAAUUGUCGCCUUUAUGAGUACUGUGCAAUUACCUGAUCCGCCAGUGCUGCUAGAUUAUGUCCAGUCGAGUUCUACUCUGUCAGAUCCAGACUCUGACAUAAUCGAGGGGCCUUCACGGAUUUCACUUAACUGCCCCAUAAGCUUUUCAAGAAUCAAGACUCCAAUCAAAGGGAGUUCAUGUAAACAUCUUCAGUGUUUCGAUUUUGGAAACUACGUUGAGAUAAAUUCAAAGCGACCAUCUUGGCGCUGCCCACACUGUAAUCAGAAUGUCUCUUACGCCGAUAUUCGCGUCGAUCAGAACAUAUUUAAGGCAAGUAACUUUGUGCCUAAUUCUCCUGUGUUUAUCUUAUCAACAUUCAAAUUUGAACUUUCCAAUCAUGCCAUUUCCAGGUAUUAAAAGAAGUGGGGGAGAAUAUCACUCAUGUGAACAUAUCAGCCGAUGGAUCUUGGAAGGCUGUCAUGGAAACUGAUGAUAACGGACCUCAGGCACCUCCAAGACAGAGAGAAACUCCUGAGCAGCCAGAAUCCUCCAAUGCGGAGUCACCUGCCACUCCCAUGAUUCUGGAUCUUACUGAAGGCGAUGAUCUAAUGGACGAGUUAUUAAGCAAUUGUGACACUGAAGAGCAUAAACCUUCUCCGGCUUCUUUUCUUGGUCAAACUCUGCCACAUUUGGACGAUCACUCUACUUCUCAAAUGGGAGAUUGGGCCAAUGCGUUUUUCCCUGCCACUACCAUAACUUCCCCUGUGAUAAUGGAUACAUCUUCCACUGUGCUUAAUAUGGAUUCCAGUGCUCAGCUUGCUCCUCUAGCAACCGAGAAUAACACCGGGAUGAGAUAUGUUGGGGUACCUGCUAACAGAGUCCCAACAGCAAUUCAGGCCCUCCCAGCUACAUUUAUGCAGCAUCAAACACCGAGAAUGAAUAAUAGUAUAAACAACGUGAACUCCACGGGCGGGUUGUCAUCUGUCAAUUCUAGUUUGCCUCCAUCAGCAUCUGCAAGUGGUUAUACUAAUGACAUGUUCCAGCGGUUCUCUAGAUCCCAGACUGCUCUUCCUCACGUUUCUGGGCUUGCUUCAGCUAUGCUUCGUCAAACUCCAUUGCAGAAGCUGAAACCGAUGCCCUGGGUUCCUGUCCAACCUCUCAUAGAUGGGAUGGUGCUUGAUUUUUUCGAUACCUGACAGUCUUUGUUUGCAGAACGUGAACCAUCAAGCAAGGUACAUCAACAGUCCAAGUCCUCGUCCAGCUGCUGGUUUAACCUCUGGUUCGCUCCCAGGUGGUCAGAGAGUAUCAUCCUCAUCCACGUCUCUUCCCCGUCCAGCUGCUGGUUCAAUCCCAGGUGCUCAAAGAGUAUCAUCAUCACCCACACCUCUUCGGAUGCCUUCACCCGCAAGUCAUCCCACUAUUGUCCGGACACCAUCUCCUUUAUCACGAGCUUCAACUUUCCAAGCGGCUCAAGCCAGCAGCUCUGUUCCACGACCACAAGCCAGGCCGGUGUUGGCGGGUUCCCAGCAGCAAGCAGCAGCAUCACCCCAUAUGAUACCUACUAGACAGCCUCCAGUAGUCCCGGUUCAAAUGCAAUCAGCCCGAGCUCCACAUGUCGCACAUUCUCAAACAGCUACUCCUACAACAUCCUCACCUACUGUCCCAUCAACCGAACAGAGCUGGCGGCCAAGUGGCAAAAUGCGUGGAAGUCUGCAAGGUCGGAACAUGGACGAAAUUAUGAGCUUGCUUCAGACCACCCAACAGACACCACCCGGAGGAACACCGUCGAGUUCUAUGCUGUCUGAGGCCACCAUAGCACCGCACCUUCGGGGUCUAUUCGAUAAUAGCCCAAGAUAAGCUAAGAUAUUUAAUGUACAGAGAGCAUCGGCUGUUCUUUUCGUGAGCUCCAAAGUCCUUGUAAAGUUCCACAGCCAAGCAGUUGACUCGUUACGUUGUUCACUUAACUUAAGUUUGAUUUGGAAGAUUUUAGUAGUAUGUUUAUUGUUGUCGACUCGUUAUGCUAAUCUCUAGCUCCAGUUUGAUAUAUAUAUGCAUAUCUAUGAUAAAAG